AUGAACCUCUUGCUCCUUUACUUUUUGUUUACGCUUACUAUCGCCAAUUACUUGAAUGAUGUUAUUCUCAGCGAGUUUCAGCUAUUGUCCCAAUCCAGCUGCGCCCAGGAUGCUUUGCUCCAGAUCAUGCCUCAAUGUAUUGCAUUGGGGAUAAAUUCUGUUGACCCUGAGCUCAAAAUGAUUCUGGCGAUAAAACUUUCAAUUUGUGAGUUUGAAACCUCUGGUGUUCGGUACCCAGACGCUUGCAAGACUGACUACAGCCUCUGCUUACGUUUGCUUGAACAAUCGCCUCAAUUUUGGACAACAUAUAGCGGUAACUACCGGGAAUUGAGCACAAUUUGCUAUGUAGAAUCUAUUCCAUACGAAAAGAACAAGAUAUUAAAUACGUACGCUGAUGUAACGAAGCUAUAUGCCGACUUAUUGAAUCAAAUGGGUGAUACUGAAGAAAAUACUGAAAGGCUUCAAUUCCAGUUUGAAGAAUUGUUCCACACUUUCGAAAGUUUCAAAUCAGAGAUUUUAGUUCAUCAGAAGUACGCUAGCGAGGUUUUCUUGAAGGACUUGGAGUCGAAGUUCCAGAGUACGAAUGAUUUUAUGCAAGUGCAAUCCAAGGAGUACCUCGAUAAUGUAUCACUGGAGCUAUUUAAGUUCUUCAAAAAGAUACAAUCGGACAAUAAUGAUUUGUAUGAAGAUUUGGAAGCAUUUCGUGAACGGCUCAAAGGUGACUAUCAGUAUAUAGUUGAAGAUAGCCUAAACUCUAUUUCCAUGAUCAAUUUUAAAUUAGUGUCCUUGGAAUUAAGCUCCAAGGAAGGCUUGCAGAUAUCUAAGCAUUUAGAAGAAUCUUUAAUUCGUAACGAAAGGCUUUCUCAUACCAUUGAGGAACGCCUAGCAGGUUCUGCGGAUUUAAUCGAAGCUCAGCACCAUAUUCUUCAGAAUAAUUUCGCAGACUCUUUAUCGAUUAUUUCAGAAAAGAUUGUAUUUGAAGUAUCCAACAGUAUUGAACUUGUGGAGCUGGUGGUGCUUGAAAACUUAGAUUUGUUGGAUUCCCAAAUAAACAGAAUUCAAGAAAAGGUGGAAUUUGUAGACGAGUUAUUUACAAAUGUCACCAAGAAAUUUGAACCUUAUUUCAACCUAUUUCAGAGUUCAGUAGAUCUCGUUAAUCAUGGAUACGAAACACUUGUCGGAAAUUUCAUGGAAUUCGGAACUUGGAUUACAAUGGUCGCAACUAACUUCAAAUUCCUCACGUUCUUGGCUCUUGGGAUCAUAAUAUAUUCCACCUUUUCCAAGUUUUCUAUUGUGCACUCAAAGUUGUUCGUGAUCGUGAAGAAUAUGUGCAUUGUUACGGGCCUCAUUGGUAUAGCUUCUCUGUAUUUAAAGAACUAUCUUCAGAAUAAAUAA